AAAAAAAUAAUACAAAUUUUGGUAGAUUCAGUAUUGAAGGAAUUGUUUGACCUUGUGGACUGAGUUACUCGUUGAAAUGAUAUAUGUGUUUAUUUUUAAGCACUAUAAACCACCAAAUUAAAUACUAUUCGAAUACCGGUGCUGUCAGAUAAAAUCGAAAUUAGCUGAGUACGAAGACAAUCUAAACAAAAAUGCUGUACCCUGAAAUAUUGUUUGACAAGAUCGUGCCAAGUUCACUAAGACACCCGAGAUAGCUGCAUUCCAGACCAGUGCGUUUAGAAUGAGUUAUUAAACUCACAAAAUUGCGUUGCCACGCUGGAUUUACAAAUUGCAUAUUUCAGUAUAAAGUAGGGUAGUAUUCUUAUCAAACGUGUUUAUUAGCUGAAUGCACAAUACAAACAGUCCGCGUAUCAGUGGAUAAAUGGUCCUAUAUAAUAGGUAUAUGCAGUCCAGUGUCUUUUAACCGAAAAAUGUUUGCAAUGGCGUACUACAUUUGGUGUAUAUUUGUGUUUAUUUGUGUGGCUUUACUCUUGCCCGGGGGCUGGACUACGCCCCUUGAUGACUACGUGUAUAGGGACGACCCGACAUACAAAUAUGACGUCAUACAAACUUACCCAGGGGAGGGUUACACAAUGUACAUUGUCAAUAUGACGUCACAGACGUGGAAACCAGAUCUUCAGAGCCAGCCGGUGUGGUGGCACUACCUUGCAGUUACAGUCCCUGAUAAGAUCCUUAUCAAGGGAGCUGGGUUCCUUUACAUAAGCCUAGGGUCAAAUACAAAUGAGCCUCCGUUACCUACGGACGAGCACACUGAGUGGACCACAAUCAUUGCAGCAACCACGGGCACCGUAGCAGCAUGUCUGAAGAUGAUACCCAACCAACCCAUCGUCUUUAAAGAUGACCCAGCUCAGAAGAAACGGACAGAAGAUGCCAUCAUUGCGUGGACAUGGAAGACAUUCGUGGACCAGAAAGGAGCCGACCCGGAAAUACUUCUGCGCAUGCCAAUGACAAAGGCCAGUGUUCGAGCACUUGACACCAUCAGUGACCUCACACAAUCCAAAAUCGGGGAAAGGAUUGAUCGAUUUAUGGUGGCUGGAGAAUCAAAGCGAGGUUGGACCACAUGGACGGUUGGAGCUGUUGAUAAGAGAGUGGUUGCCAUAGCUCCCAUGGUCAUGGACCUUUUGAAUCUCCAAGAGAACCUGCACCACUACUAUCGCUCACUGGGCGGCUGGACAUUUGCUUUCGAUGAUUAUUACGCGGAAAAUUUCACACAAGAUCUCGACAGCCCUUACGUUAAGGGCAUAGCGGCCAUUGUAGACCCGAUAUCCUACACGGAUCGCUAUGAGGACAAGCCCAAGUACAUUAUCUCUGCUGGCGGUGACGAGUUUUUCAUGCCAGACAAUUCAAGAUUCUACUUUGAUGCGCUGAAAGGAGAGAAGUACUUCAGGAUGAUGCCUAAUACAGAUCACAGCCUGGAGCCUUAUGGACUCAGUAUCAUCUUUGGAAUCAGAGCUUUCUACCUGUCUGUCAUGAAUAACAACCCUCUUCCAAAAAUGAACUGGCAACUGGAAACGACUUCCUCAGGCGGAAAAAUCAGCCUGGUGACCGAAGUUCAUCCUGCCACCGUUGUUUGUUACCAUGCAACCACCUCGGACGGAAAACGCAAAGACUUUCGAAUUUUCCGUUUGGACAACUCGAGUCAACCGGUGCCGAACCCUGUACCUUGGUUAACGGCAGACGUCAAACAAACCAGUUCGCUGAGCUGGGAGGUGGAGCUACCCAAUCCUCCUGUCGGUUGGACUGCAUUCUUUAUACAGGUGACGUUCGCUGGUCUCGCCGACUCGGUGCUCGAGUUUACCACCCAGACACUCAUCAUACCGGACACGUACCCCUUCCAGGACUGUCAUGGCGCCGAGUGCAGGGGGACGCUAGUGUAGAUCAGAUCUGCUGUUGCCUUGACCAUUCCCAGCUUAUUGAUUAAUGUAUCUGCAAGGCAUUGCUGGUUUGCACGAAUAAACUACGAAGUAUGAAGAAACGCCUAGUCGACGUUUUAUUAACAAUUUUUUAAAUGUAAAAGAAUUAAAAGUUUGUCAGAAUGUUUA